AUGGAGAAGGGGCUGUUCCACGCCCCCGAGAAAGAAAUCCCUGGGUCUGACUGUAUGGCAGCGAUCAUCGGAUACCGAGAGGACGAGGAGACUUUCAAUCAGGCCUUGAAGAGUUAUCUCCAGGCUGCGAACUGCAGGUUUGUGCUUGUCGGCAUCGAUGGGGACGAUAACGAAGAUCAGUAUAUGUUCGAAAUCUUUCAAAAGGUUUUCCCAGAACGAUCAGCUAUGGUCCAUAUGGACACACCUUUGGUCGACCUGGCGCUUGAGCUCUCGGCCUCGCUCCCUGAAUCACAGAACAAGGAAGACCACAUCAUAUCAUUAUGUGUUCGAGAAGCACGUCAACACCUUGAAAGGUCCAAUGUGUCCCUUCAUGAUGUUCGCUACCUUUGCAUAUCUCAGCCUCAUAUGCACAAGAAGGGUAUCAUGUUCAGCUCCUUCAUUUUCUCCUUGUUGAUCACAGAAAUAUACGGGCUCGAAUGGAUCUGGUCCUCCGACAGCGACACCAUUGUGGAUCCAGACACCCUAUCAUCAACCACGUCGGUCUGUGCCUCUGACAAUGCUGUCGGCGGUGCUUGUACCACCCUUGUCAUCCACAACCGGAGCGAUAACCUCCUCACGAGACUGAGUGCCGCAGUCUACCUCAGUGACUACUAUUUAGCUCGCUCGUCCCCGUCGUCCUUUGGCGCGAAUGAAUGCCAAUCUGGUCCAUGUGCCUUGUUUCGCGCCUCAGCGAUAGCCCCGAUACUACUCCGAUGGUACACACAGACCGUGUGGGGGAAAUGGAUGCGUGUCAACGAAGAUCGACACCUUACAACGUUGCUGCUUCGCCAAGGUUAUAACGUGCUGUACGCCGCAGACAGUAUCGCGGCUACCGAGUCACCACCAACUCUGAGGAGAUGGCUACUACAGCAAGUUCGCUGGGCACGGGCCGUGCAUGUCGAGAGCUUCUACGCUCCUGGAAUCUAUGUGCUCCAGCACCCCGUACUCUUCUUCAACACGGUCCGACGGGAGAUUGGCGGCAUCCUCAUCCCCCUAACCAUUGCCAUAUAUGCUCUAACGGGAAGAACCGCGCGACCUGUUCCGGGUCAAGACCUAGUGCAGCGACUUCUGAUCACGUGUGGAUAUCUGGCACUCCGAAAUCCGUAUCGUCCUUCGAGGUGGGCAGAGUGGCUUUGGCUGCUGCCCGGCCAGGUACUUUACAACAUCUCGAUUCAGGGUAUCCAAUUCUGGGCCUUGAUGACAAUGCUCGACGGAAGCUGGGGCACUUGCAUGAGAGGCUCUGCCGAAGUUCAAGCAGAUGCUACCGGCGUUUCGAGCGUCGAUAGCGCCGGCUCUGGGAGCCUACAAAGCUCGCUGGAAAGCGGGCUUCUAACGCAACCAGUAAGUGAAGAAAAGAGAAGUCGUGUUAAGCUCAGAGCCCAGGAGAUAGGGUUCUUUGUCUUAUGGAUCGGGCUUGUGAUUGGUGCUAUUGGCAGGGUAUGGGCCACCACUUGGUAUGGGUUUGGUGGGAGUAUGGCAACUCUGGUAGCGUUUGCCUGCAUGGUGCCGACAUGGAUGGGCAUGUCAUGGUGGAUGGUGGCCGUAGCCAACUGA